UUCUGAUUCUUUAAUUUCAGAUACAGUUGCCAUAGUUAUCCAGCUUGGAUGGUGGACCUUAAACUGUUGUCACCAACUUGUUUCUAAAUGGACUCAUUACGAUGUUUCCACGAUAGCCAAUCGUCGCAGACGCACAAGGCCGCGGAGCGUCAUCAUGGUUCUGUUGGAGAUCGGCGGCUUAAGAACGUAGAAUGUGAGGGAAGUUUGAGGUUCCGUCAAUGUGUGUCGAAUAAGAAGGAUCAGGAUGCCAGAGGACACAACACAGGACAUCAUUUUUGUGACAUGCACGGCACCAGUAAACAUCGCAGUCGUAAAGUAUUGGGGAAAGAGGGAUGAAGACUUAAUUCUGCCAAUCAAUUCCUCUCUAAGUGUGACCCUUCAUCAGGAUCAGCUGAAGUCGACCACUACAGUUGCAUGUAGUGCUCGUUUCAAAGAAGACCGCAUCUGGCUCAAUGGCAAAGAGGAGAACAUCAACCAACCCCGACUGCAGUCCUGUCUCAGAGAAAUCCGGCGGCUGGUCCGAAAGAGACGAAGCAACAGGGAUCCCGGUGCAGAUGUGCUCAGCUUGUCCCACAAAGUGCAUAUCUGCUCAGAGAACAACUUCCCCACUGCAGCGGGCCUGGCUUCUUCUGCUGCAGGCUAUGCCUGUCUAGUGUACACACUAUCAAGGCUGCUGAGUGUGGAGGGCGAGCUGUCAACAAUUGCCCGCCAGGGCUCGGGCAGCGCCUGCCGUAGCAUGUAUGGUGGCUUUGUGCAGUGGCACAUGGGCAUGCGGGCAGACGGAAAGGACAGCGUGGCAGAACAGGUGGAGCCGGAGUCUCAUUGGCCGGAGCUCAGAGUCCUCGUCUUGGUGGUCAGCGCUGAACGCAAGCCAGUCGGAAGCACAGCUGGUAUGCAGACUAGCGUGGACACAAGCAGUCUUCUGAAGCAUCGUGCUGAAGCAGUGGUUCCAGGCAGGAUGGAUGAGAUGAUUCAAGCCAUUCGCAAGAGGGAUUUCUCAACCUUUGGGGAGCUCACCAUGAAGGACAGCAACCAGUUUCACGCCACCUGCCUGGACACCUACCCUCCCAUCUUCUACCUCAAUGAUGUGUCACGGCGUGUCAUCGGUCUGGUGCACCGCUACAACCGCCAUUACAGGGAGACCCGGGUGGCUUACACCUUUGACGCCGGCCCCAACGCAGUGAUCUACACUUUGCAGCCGUAUGUUUCCGAAUUUGUCCAGGUGGUGAAGCACUUCUUUCCCCCGGAAACCAACGGGGAAGAGUUCUUGAAGGGACUACCUGUGGGCACUGUAUCCCUGUCUGAUGAGCUGACAAGGGCCAUUGCGAUGGAUACCCUUCCUAAAGGCAUUCGCUAUAUCAUCAGCACAAAGCCCGGCCCAGGUCCUCGGAUGGUAGAAGACACCAGCCUUCAUCUACUUGGACCUGAUGGGCUACCCAGGACAAGUGCCUAAAUGCAAAUGAGCUGUUGAAUACAUUGCAACCCAGAAUGAAGAGACUACUGGAAAUGAUGGGUGUCAAAAUCAAGCCAUAAGGCACUGCAUUUUCAGGUUAUAGUCUCAGACAUUAAAUGUUAAUUUUUUACACUUACAACUGAAGCUGCUACAAUUUUUGCUAAAAAAAAAAUCCCUAAACAUAAAUUUAGAAACCUGUCAAGAUACUUUCUGAAAGUUUAUAGUGCACAUUUGUUUAGCAAAGCAUUUUAAAUAAAUAUUUUCA